AUGUAUUUCCGGUCAAUGGUCUAUACUGCGUCUUUUGCCUUUUUCGAGGCUUUAUGGGAGGCUGGGGUCACCCAUGUCUUCGCCAAUCUAGGGUCCGAUCAUCCCUCCAUCUUGGAGGCCAUGGUGAAGGGCCAGAAAGAGAAGCCCGAUGAAUUCCCCAAAGUUAUUACGUGUCCUAACGAGAUGGUAGCCCUUUCCAUGGCCGAUGGCUACGCUCGAUUGACCGGCAAACCGCAAUGCGUUAUUGUUCAUGUUGAUGUGGGCACACAAGGAUUAGCAGCAGCCGUACAUAAUGCCUCCUGUGGACGCGCCCCAGUCUUGAUCUUUGCUGGCCUCUCUCCCUUCACCAUCGAAGGGGAGAUGCGCGGCUCUCGUACCGAGUACAUUCACUGGAUUCAAGAUGUUCCGGAUCAGAAGCAGAUUGUUUCUCAAUACUGUCGCUAUUCUGGAGAGAUCCGUUCUGGGAAAAAUGUGAAGCAAAUUGUCAAUCGCGCCCUUCAAUUUGCGAUGAGUGAUCCCAAGGGCCCAGUAUACUUGGCUGGUGCUCGUGAGGUAAUGGAAGAGGAGAUCGAGCCAUAUAAAGUCAACCAAAGUGUUUGGGGUGCUGUCGCACCGUCUGCAUUGCCGGCUGAGGGGGUUGAGCUGAUCGCAUCGGAACUCGCUGCCGCCAAGGAGCCUCUAGUGAUUGUGGGUUAUUCCGGUCGUGAGACCAGGGGAGUGGAGGAGCUAGUUAAACUCGCAGACACCUUCAAGGGAGUCCGAGUAUUGGACACCGGUGGAUGUGACAUGUGCUUCCCUAGUGACCACCCAGCGUGGUUGGGGCUGCGAUAUGGCAUCCACGAGGCCAUCAAACGGCAGAUGUUAUCCUUGUUGCCGACUAUCAUCCAUGUAGAUGUUGAUCCGCUCAAACAGCAAAUGCCGGUCUUUUAUCUCCCUUCCAUGGCUACGUAUCGUGCAGAAUCGGCAACGGCAUUUAGACAGAUCAAUGAGUACGUUGCCGCUAACAACUCACUAACACAGGCGCUGAACUCCGAAGAACAAACAUUUCUUGGUAAGCGUCGUGAGGAGGGAUAUAAGCAGAUCCGACAAGGGAUCACAGACCUUGCUGUUGUACCAUCGGGAGGUGGUAACACGGAUCUUAACGUGUCUUACAUGAUCAGUCAGGUUCGGGAGACUUGCCCGGCAGACACUAUCUGGGCUAUCGAGGCUGUAACCCUCACCCCAUUUGUAGCUGACCAAAUCGCUGCCACCUUGCCCAAGUCAUGGAUCAACUGUGGUGGCGGUGGACUUGGUUGGUCCGGUGGGGGUGCUCUCGGUAUCAAGUUGGCCACUGAUCAUGAAAGCGGCGGUACGAACAAGGGCAAAUUUGUCUGCCAGAUUGUGGGCGAUGGCACGUACCUCUUUUCCGUGCCGGGUUCCGUCUACUGGAUCUCAAGACGCUAUAACAUACCUAUUCUUACUAUUGUCCUGAACAACAAGGGCUGGAACGCUCCCAGGCGGAGUAUGCUUCUCGUUCAUCCCGAGGGUGACGGCUCGCGCGCGACUAACGAGGACCUCAACAUCUCAUUUGCCCCUACCCCUGAUUACCCAGGCAUUGCGAAGGCUGCUGCGGGAGGCGAGAUUUGGGCUGGCACUGCAGCUACUGUUUCUGAGCUUGCCAAGUUGCUGCCCGAGGCUAUCAAAACUGUACAGAAUGGAACUACCGCUGUCUUGGAGGUUCAGUUAGACGGUACAGUCGGCAAACAUGUCAACAAGAACUGA